AGUAUAUUAUAUUAUACUCGGUAUCAGCAACGCCCUCUACAAUACAGAGGGCGCUGAUAUACGCAGAUGCUUAGUUGUCGAUUUUUUGAAAUCAUCGAAAGAACUCUCGAUUUUCACAUACGAAGUCAUACAUACAUAUAUAUUUAUAUAACUUUCGAAUUUGCAUUUCAUAUCUUUUAAAAUUAUCAGUAAAUUAAAUACAAUAUUUUAAUUUUUUCAUCUUAUUUUGAAUAAAUCAGAGUUCUAUCCUCCAUCAAAUUUGUAUUACAACGAAAGGUUGCGACUUAAGUAGUUCACUUUCGUUCAGUUCAGGAAUCGGAAGUCUUUCUGUCGACACCAAGAUGUCGUUCAAAAGGUUUGUGGAAGCAGGGCGCAUUGCUUUCAUAGUAAAUGGGCCCAAGAAAGGCAAGCUGUGCACCAUUGUGGAUGUCAUUGAUCAGACCCGGGUUUUGGUGGAUGGACCAUUAACUGGAGUGGAAAGACAAGCGGUCCGCAUUAAUCAAAUCAACUUGACGAAGUUCUGUUUGAAAUUCCCUCGUGGUUGUAGAACUGCAACUGUCCGAAAAGCAUGGAAAGAUGCUAAAAUUCAAGAACAAUGGGAAAAGAGUAGCUGGGCAAAAAGCUUAGUGAACAAGAGGAAGCGUUUGGCAAUGACGGAUUUUGAUAGAUUUAAGCUAAGGAAAGCUGUAUCUGUGAGAAAUAGGAUUCGUUCAAAUGAAUUCUUUGUAUUAAGGAAGUUUGCCUACCGGAAGCAUGCAUUGUAUGGUAUGAAGAAGGCAAAGAAGACGGAACAGAUGAGAGAGAGUGCCAAAAAGAAGGCAAUAGCCAGAGCAAAGGCACGAGCAGUUAUCAAGGCAAGAUGGGCUGCCAAGGGAAUUACAGCAGUUUUCAAGAGGACUCUUGCAAGACCAGCCUUAUUUCCACCCAUGCAAAAGAAGCCUUCUGACAGUGCUAGCAAACCUACUGGUAAAACACCACAGAAACCGAAGGAGAAGGCAGCAGCCAAAAAGUAAAAUUUUCUACAAUAAGAAAUGUUGAUGUAAAUAAAAAAGUUGAAAAGAUUUGAUUCGUUUUUUCUUUAAAUUUUCAUUUAAAUAUUCCUGAUAUGGAAAGAACCCUACUUAACAACUUUGUAUUCCUAUGCUGAUUAAGUUCCAUUUGCUAGAGCAUACAUCCUUGUUUCUAAGAAUGUCCAAACAAUGGUUGACAAUUGCUUGCAGAAAGGCAACUAACAAAUUGGGUUUGUUGAGAAUUAAGGUUGCUAUAGGAGCCUUGAAGGCUGUCAACAUGCUACAUUGCAUGACCAGAGUUGAUUAAUUUGAGAAUGGUUACUGGUUUAUCAGAUGACAAUAGUUCAGAUGAUAGUGUAGAAAACCUGCAUUCUAGCUUUGAUGCAAAUGAUGUGGAACAAAUCUGUGAAGCCAUAUUCACACUUAUUCCUGAAGUGUCUCGUUUAAAAGAACUUUUUCUAUGUUGGAGUUUACUUGAUGCUAAAGCCAGGGCAGAAGUAGAUGCUCAAGUGUGCAAAUGGGGUUCCCCAGAGCGAGUACAGCUUUAUAAACCCCUCAAAGAAGCUCUGCGGCGAUGGGAACUAUUGCAAGACACUCAGGGUGAGGAAGUGAAAGGAUGCUAGUGAAAUAUUUGAAUGUCUCCCUUUGAAAGAAGUAAGGGUUUACCCAAGUAAAAUUGCAUCACCAGAACUUAACAUUUGAUAAUGUAAUUAGGACAAACUGUUUUUGUAGAAGUAUGAUAUGCUAUUCAUUGUUAGAUUCUUUUCCAACAAAAUACACACAACACUACAAUCUAAUUCACUCAAUCUCAAACUGCAGAUCAACCUGCAAUGUUCUCUAUCCCAUACCCUCUCCACCAAUAACCAUCAUUUUGCCAGUAGACUGAAAUUGUCGUCUAACAAUAUAUGCCCCAAACUAUUUGGUAUAUAAAUCUUAAUAAUUCAUCUUGAAUGAAGCAUCUUCAAUGUGUCAGACUGUUGUGGAACCAGAACAAAGUUUAUACUUUGGUUAAAUCUAAGGACCAUGAAUCAAGAGUUUACAUGAGAAACCUGCUUCAAUUAUUGGCUGCAACAGAGCUAUCCCUGUAAUGAGUAAUAAGCCUUUAGGAUAUCUGUUAAAACAGUGAUUCAAUCUUUUUGUAAAUAU